CGGGCGGUGCGGUGCGGUGCGGGCGGUGCGGUGCGGUGCGGGCGGUGCGGUGCGGGCGGUACGGGCGGUGCGGUACGGGCGGUGCGGUGCGGGCGGUGUGGGGCUGACUCAGCCGCUCCCGCAGCCUCGGGCCGGCCCGGCCGCUGCGGCUCCUCGGCAGCACCGCUCCUGCAGCCCGAUUUGCUGGGCAGCUGCCAGCCGGCUGCCACCUCCUCCUCCCUGCAGGCAGCUCUGCCCUGCUCCCCGCUCCUCUCCGCUGUCUCCAGUGACGGGUGACCCGCCGCGCUAGAGGGACGCGGGGCUGAUUCCCCCGGAUCGCUCCGGUCCCCGGGCAGCAGCGGCGAUGCGGCCGGAGGAUGCGGCAGGGCAGGAUGGGGAUGUUGAGGAGCUCCCAGCCUAGGAACAGCAGAAAGGAGGCUGAGAAGCACAAGACACAGGAGCCAUGUCAGCGCGUGGCCGCUGCGCCAAGGUGCUCCCCUCCGAGCUGAACAAGGUGUGCCCCGAGAGAGGAGAUGACCCUGCCACACACCCCAGGAAGAUGAGCGACUUCGAGGUGGUCCCCAACCUGCAGCAGAGCAGCAGCAGUGUCUCCAGGAGCAGGAGGAAGGCGCAUUUCCCCGCUGGCAGCAAUGAAAAGGAAAAUCUCAUCUCCUGGAUUCCUGAAAACAUCCGGAAGAAGGAAUGCACCUAUUUUGUGGAAAGCUCCCAGACAUCAGAUUCUGGGAGGAUCAUUUGUGAGUGUGGCUAUCUCAGGGAACAGCACCUGGACGAUGCUGCCAAACCUCCCAUCUUCCUGGGGAAGGAAUGGGACCCCAGCAGGCACAUCCAGGAAAUGCCAACGGAUGCCUUCGGUGAUAUCCGCUUCACAGGGCUGGGACAGAAGACAGGGAAGUAUGUGCGUGUCUCCUCGGAUACCCCUCCACGGGUCAUCUACCACCUCAUGACACAGCACUGGGGCCUCGACCCACCCAACCUGCUCAUCUCAGUCACCGGGGGAGCCAAAAACUUCGUCAUGAAGCCAAGGCUGAAGAACAUCUUCCGGCAAGGGCUGGUCAAGGUGGCCCAGACCACAGGAGCCUGGAUCAUCACAGGGGGGUCCCACGCUGGUGUGAUGAAGCAGGUGGGAGAGGCAGUGCGAGACUUCAUCCUGAGCUGCAGCCACAAGGAGGGCGAGAUUGUCACCAUUGGCAUUGCCACCUGGGGGACCGUGUACAACCGGGAGAGCCUCGUCUGCCCCAUGGGGGGCUUUCCUGCUGAGUAUGUGCUGGAUGAGGAGAACCAAGGCAGCCUGUCGUGUCUGGACAGCAACCAUUCCCACUUCAUCCUGGUGGAUGACGGGACCCACGGGAGGUACGGAGUGGAAAUCCCCCUGAGGACCAGGCUGGAGAAGUUCAUUUCAGAGCAGACCAAGGUGAAAGGAGGUGUUGCCAUCAAGAUCCCCAUCGUGUGUGUGGUGCUGGAAGGAGGCCCUGGGACUCUUGAUACCAUCUACAACGCCAUCACCAACGGGACGCCCUGUGUGAUUGUGGAAGGCUCCGGGCGCGUGGCCGAUGUCAUCGCGCAGGUGGCCAACCUGCCCGUGGCCAAGAUAACCAUUGCCUUGAUCCAGAAGAAACUGAGCGUCCUCUUCCACGACACCUACGAGCUCUUCACUGAGAGCAAACUGGUGGAGUGGACCAAGAAGAUCCAGGACAUAGUGCGGAGCCGGCAACUCCUGACCAUCUUCAGAGAGGGCAAAUAUGGCCAGCAGGACGUAGAUGUGGCCAUCCUCCAGGCCCUCUUCAAAGCAUCCCGAAACCAGGACCACUUUGGUCGUGAGAACUGGGACCACCAGCUGAAGUUGGCCGUGGCCUGGAACAGGGUGGACAUUGCCCGGAGCGAGAUCUUCACAGAUGACCACGACUGGAAGCCCUCAGAUCUCCACCCCGUGAUGGCAGCUGCCCUGAUUUCCAACAAGCCAGAGUUUGUGAAGCUGUUCCUGGAGCAGGGAGUGCGUCUCAAGGAUUUUGUCACCUGGGACACCCUGGUUUACCUCUACGACAACCUGGCGCCGUCCUGCCUGUUCCACAGCAAGCUGCAGAAGGUGCUGCUGGAGGAGAGAGAGCACACAGCCGGCUCCAAAAUGCCGAGGCUCCAGAUGCACCACGUCUCCCAGGUGCUGCGGGAGCUGCUGGGCUGCUCCACGCAGCCGCUCUACCCCAAGCCCAAGCACACAGAGCGGCCCCGGCUCUCCAUCCCCGUCCCGCACAUCAAGCUGAACGUGCAGGGGUCAAGCCUUCGGUCCCUCUACAAGCGCUCUCCUGGCAAAGUCACCUUCACCAUGGACCCCGUCCGGGACCUGCUCAUCUGGGCCGUGGUCCAGAACCGUAAGGAGCUGGCAGAAAUCAUCUGGGCCCAGAGCCAGGACUGCAUGGCAGCUGCACUGGCCUGCAGCAAAAUCCUGAAGGAGCUGGCCAAGGAGGAGGAGGACACGGACACCACCGAUGACAUGCUGGCCCUGGCCGAGGAGUACGAGCACAAGGCAAUCGGUGUGUUCACAGACUGCUACCGCAAGGAUGAAGAGAGAGCCCAGAAGCUUCUCACCCGUGUCUCUGAAGCCUGGGGGAAGACAACCUGUCUGCAGCUGGCGUUGGAGGCCAAGAACAUGAAUUUUGUGUCCCAUGGGGGUGUCCAGGCCUUUCUAACCAAGGUCUGGUGGGGGAAGCUGUCUGUGGACAAUGGCCUGUGGCAGGUGAUUACGUGCAUGCUGUUCUUCCCCCUGCUCUACACCAACCUCAUCACCUUCAGCAGGGAGAAGAGGCUGCAGCCCUUGGGCUGCCUGGCGCGCCUCCGAGCCUUCUUCACAGCACCCAUCGUCAUCUUCCUCAUGAACAUCCUCUCUUACUUCACCUUCCUCCUGCUCUUUGCCUACGUCCUGAUGGUUGACUUCCAGCCCACGCCGUCCUGGCGGGAAUACCUCAUCUACUUCUGGCUCUUCUCCCUGGUGUGCGAGGAGACCCGCCAGCUGUUGUACGAUCCAGAUGGACUCGGGGUUGUGAAAAUGGCUUCCCUGUACAUCAAGGACUUCUGGAAUAAGCUGGAUAUCUGCGCCAUCCUAGUCUUUAUCGCAGGGCUGACUUGCAGGCUGAUCCCAUCAACAUUAUAUCCUGGGCGCAUCAUACUGUCCCUGGCUUUUAUCAUUUUCUGCCUGCGCCUGAUGCACAUUUUCACAGUCAGUAAAACACUGGGGCCCAAGAUCAUCAUUGUGAAGCGCAUGAUGAAGGAUGUCUUCUUCUUUCUCUUCCUGCUGGCAGUGUGGGUGGUGUCCUUUGGGGUGGCCAAGCAGGCUAUCCUGAUCCACAAUGAGGAACGUGUGGAGUGGCUUUUCCGUGGCGUGGUCUACCAUUCCUACCUGACCAUCUUCGGGCAGAUUCCCUCCUACAUCGACGGGGUCAACUUCAACAUCGACCAGUGCAGCCCCAAUGGCACUGACCCCUACAAGCCCAAGUGCCCAGAGACAAACGCGGACAACAAGAAACCCAUCUUCCCAGAAUGGCUGACGGUCAUCUUGCUGUGCCUGUACCUGCUCUUCACCAACAUCCUCCUCCUCAACCUCCUCAUUGCCAUGUUCAACUACACCUUCCAGCAGGUCCAGGAGCACACGGACCAGAUCUGGAAGUUCCAGCGGCACGACCUGAUCGAGGAGUACCACGGCCGGCCGCCCGCGCCCCCACCCCUCAUCCUGCUCAACCACCUGCAGCUCCUGCUGCAGCGGGGCUUGCUCCGCCGCCCGGCCACGCACCACAAGCUCAAGGAGAAGCUGGAGAAGAAUGAAGAAGCUGCCCUUCUCUCGUGGGAGAUGUACCUGAAGGAGAGCUACCUGCAGCACCAGCAGUGCCAGGAGAAGCAGAACACGGAGCAGAUGAUCCGGGACAUCGCACAGAGGGUUGAUGUACUGGCAGAGCUGCUGGACUUGGACCGGGUGAAGAGGACGGGGGUAGUGGAGCAAAGACUGGGCUCUCUGGAGGACCAGGUGCAUCAGAGCGCCCAGGCCCUGAGGUGGAUGAUGCAGGCGCUGCGGGGCAAUGGCUUCAGCCCGGGCGAGGAUGUGCCGCCCGUGGGCUCCUCCAAAGCCUUGGACACCAAGGAGAUGGAGCUGGAGGGGAGACCCGAGGAGAGCCGGCCCCCGUACCACGUGCUGGCCCGAAACCUCCUGUAUCCAGGGUCUCACACUCUCCGCUUCCCCGUGCCGGAUGAGAAGGUGCCCUGGGAGGUGGAUUUCCCACUCUACGACCCCCCUGCCUACUCGGCUGACCACAAGGACAUGGCUGUGCAGGACCCCUUCAGCCUCUCCUUGGAGUCUCUCCUGAAGAUCAACUACAACACCAUGGACGGGCUGAUCGACCGGCAGAGCUUCCACGGGCUCUACGCCGUGCAGGACGGGCUGCCUCUGAACCCCAUGGGCAGGACGGGGCUGCGAGGCCGGGGGAGGCUGCACUGCUUUGGGCCCAACCAUGCCCUGCACCCCGUGGUGACCCGCUGGAGGAGGAACCUGGAUGGGUCAAUCAUAAGGAAGAGCCUGAAGAAGAUGCUGGAAGUUCUGGUGGCCCAAUACCCACUGUCAGAUGUCUGGGCUCUGCCCGGGGGGUCACUGGAGCCAGGUGAGACGCUGCCACUGAAGCUCAAGUGGAUCCUGCGCCGGGAGUUCUGGCCCCAGUUCCAGAACCUGCUGAAACAAGGCACUGAGGUGCACAAGGGGUACCUGGACGACCCACGCAACACAGAUAACGCCUGGGUGGAGACGGUGGCCAUCAGCGUGCACUUCGACACCCAGAACGACGUGGAGAUGAAGAGGCUGAAUUCGUUCCUCCAGGGCUGCGACCCGGAGCUGUGCAUCCGCUGGCAGGUGCUGGACAAGAGGAUCCCCCUGCACACCAACCACAAGGAGCUCCUGCACAAGGUCUCAACCCUCCUCGGUGCCUACUACUGAGGCCUCGUGCAAGGGCCAGGGCUCCUGCUGCCCCAGACCAGGUUCUGGCUGGGACCUGCAGCUCCACCCCAGCUUACCUGGGGGAACAUGGCAGCUGCUGGAGUUGAGGUACUCUGGGCGCCUCUGUGAAUGUGUGUUGCAGGUCUCUGGGAGGAAAAGCGUCCCCUCCCUGAGGGCACGGGCUGCCUGGGCAGUGCAUCCCAGUCACCUGAGCCACCAAGUUCAGCUCCAGCUUGUGUCUUGGUGCUUCCACAUCAGCCCACAGCACUAGCCCAGAGCUUGGGCCACACAGAGCCACAGGGCUUUUCCUGUGGGAUGGUCCUUCUGUCCACUCCAACCUGCCCUUGGCUUCAGGGUGGGCACUGGGGGCUCGCCAGUCCCGGCUACCCCUCCACCAGAAUAUCCAUCACUGCUCCCUGCUCCUGCUCAGAGCCCUGGCAGCCCCACUGCCACAGAUCCCAAAGGAUUGCUCUGGAGAAGGCUUGGAGUUGCUCCUGUGGCUCUGUGCCCAUACCUCUGGUUGCCUCAGACCCAACAACAUGGUCCUGAGCUGUGAUGCAGCACUUCUGAAGGUGUGAGCAGCUCUUGGCUGAUAUACCUAUGGUUUCAUAGCUCUGCACAGGCCCACCUGCCAUGCCCCAAGCUGUAUGUGAUCCUGCUUGUGUAUGCUGAGCACUGGCUUGUAGCUAAACUUCCCUCCUCUCUCUGAGCCAAGGCCCCAGCUAAACGUCACCUGCCUGUCCCCAUGCCCUGUGCACAUGGAUGGGAAGUGGCAGCUUGCUGGGACACAGGUGGUUCGUGCUCUGUGGUUCCUUGGGCAGGUAGGGACAGGAGCAGGGACAUCAGUGUGUCAAUCCCAGACAUCCCUGCUUUUAAGGGGUUUUUCACUCACAUUUUCUGUUGCCUGCCAUGGGGAGAGCAAGGCACAGCAGAUACAUUUUUUGAUCAUCCAGAAGAGCCCCACGGUGGCAUGUUGUAUCUGGGACUGCUCAGGAAGGGAUUUUUCCCCCACCUUCUCCCAGUGGAUCAGCCAAGGCUGCUCAGCCCACGCUGGUGCAGCUGCAGUUUCACCAGUGCUGCACGGGGGUUUGGCAAGGGGAGGGGGCUCAGUCUGGCAAUGUAUUCAACCCAGCUCAAUAAACCAUGUAUGAAACACUGCA